GCAGGCGCGCGUCGUCGCCUCUCCGAGUCUCGGCCGCUUCCGAGCCGACCCGCGCGACCAAACGAGUAUGGCUAGCCGUCAGCAGUACGCCGCGCGCCGCCACCCGGGUCGCAUGUGCUGCGUCGCCAACCGAGCUUUACACAAACUUGCUUCAUCGCAAGUUUAGACAUUUAAGUGCAUAAACCAAUUGAUAUAUUUCAUGUGUUUUCGGUGUUCAUACUAACCGUGUAAGACAAGUGCUUGCCCUUGCUACGCAAAUGCGGGUUUUGUAUAUUAGUGGGUGGAAAAAUAAACAGAACUCUCCGGGGCAAGUGCGGCGCCGGCCCGGCGUGCAGCUCAGCUCUGCUGAUGAUGACACAAUAAUCUGUGAUGCUGACACAAACUGUGCUCUAUAGGAAACUACGUCCUAGAGGACGACGAAGGACGUUGUAGAUAAAAUCGAAAUAGUUAACACUAGUUUAUAAAAAUGCAAGUGCCUAAUUUUAUAGUAAUCCUGGGCAACCGCCGCAACUUAAUAUUUAAGGUCAGCAUAGUCAUCAACUUCGUCGUGUUGUUUUACGUGGCGAUGCAUUAUUCUGGAAAUAGUGCUCCGGGGGCCGAGUGGGUGCCCGUCACGGCCGAUGGCUCCGAAAGAUCUGCCGAAAUAAAGUACCUCAGGGAUGAGGAACGAGAAUUUGCUAAUUUUACAGAGGCAAGCAUGCGAAAGCUAACAGAGUUUACUUCACAGAAAGUAGCCAUGACUACAAUGUCUACUGUUAAUAAGACUGCGUCAAGUACCGCGUCUGAUGUAGAGAAGAAUGUGAGUGCUGUGCCAUCUGAAGCGAAUAUCCUGGAUGAGGAACCUUACGACGAGAAUGUGCUAACAAACUCCACGCUGGUGGCACUGAAAGCUAUCCUCGGUUGCAAAGACAAGGAUUUCUUCCCUGAGACUUUGCAGCGCGGGGAGUAUUGGGUGUUGAAGAACUACGUGCGCGCCAACCAUGGCCCGAUCCUGUGUCACGAGACCAUCACGACUACGACGCACGGUGGCUUCGAGUUCCUCGAUAACCUGGUUCCUCUAGUAGAACGAUGGAUGGCUCCGAUCAGCUUGGCAAUCCACGCUCCUGGCACAGACAUGCUGCCUUCCGUGAACAGCAUCAGGUACCUCCGGGACUGCACUGGCCACGACCUCGUCCAGCAAUACGUGACCUUCCAUAUCUUCUUCUCAAACAAACAUAUACCUGAUCACAUUCCAAACCCAGAUGAAUUUUUGAAGACACCGUACAACUGCUCCUUGCCGGUUCCAUAUGCCGUCAAUUCCUCCACCACUUACAAGGAGAAGACCAACCUCUUGUACCCUGUCAACGUUGGCAGGAACAUCGCAAGAGCUGCAGCAUUGACCCACUAUGUUCUACCCCUGGACAUCGAGCUAUACCCCAGUCCAUACCUAGUGCCCCAGUUCCUAAACAUGAUCGCCAGAAACGAACCACCACUUAGCACUUCCAACAAGCCAAGAGUCUUCCCCUUAAGUUUAUUUGAGAUAGAUAAACAGUAUAAUCCGCCUCAGACCAAAUUGGAACUGCAGGGAAUGUUGAAGAACAAAACUGCGAUACCGUUCCACAAGUACGUGUGCCCCACGUGUCAUAACAUACCGAAUGGAAGCGAGUGGAUGGCCAAACCUGAGACUCCAUUAAUGGAAGUGUUUUACGUGGGCAAACGAGAAGGAAAGUUUAGUCACUGGGAGCCUAUCUUCAUCGGUACACACUCAGAUGCUUACUAUGAUGAUCGAUUGAGUUGGGAAGGCAAGAAAGAUAAAAUGACACAGGCUUACAUCUUUUGCGCCAAAGACUACGAGUUCAUGAUCUUAAGCAACGCUUUCCUCGUCCACAAGCCAGGCAUCAAGUAUUACAAGGCAAACCCGAAGAGAGACAAAUAUGCUUCGAAACAGGCUUCCUUUGUAAACAACGUGAUCAAGAAGGAACUCAAAAAAAUCUUCGGUUCAAAGCCAGGCUGCGUACUGUGACGACAUAGAAGAAUAAAGGUCAUACACACAAACCUAGUACACCUUAGAGGUACAAAAUAGAACUCAGGCUAUCCAAAACGCUAUACUAAUUAAGCUUACAGGGUUCAACAAAUCCGCCUGAUUUUGAAAAUGUUGAUAACGGAAUUGUGUCCUAAAUAAAACAUAUCACUAUGAUUAAAACUAAAAAUGCAAACUCGAUUAAGAUAAACGCACACUCCAGUGAUUUUGUAUUAGGAUGGUUAAGUACCUACUAACUACUAAUUCAAUGCAUAGGAUGCAAGACACGAUAGAGGCCUUAAACAGUUACUAUAAAGCUUCGUCUCCAGUAGGAACAUUUGUCAAGCGACAUUUUUGACUGCGCGACAAGGAACAGUUUCAACAAUGUCGCGGAGAUGUCGUCCGACGUCGCCCGACAUCGCCCGAUGUCUCCGGGGACACAUGUCGCUCGACAAAUGUUCCUAGUGUGGACGAGGCUUAAGGAUAACUCUAAUGUUAGUAACACACGUCCGUAAUCUAAGUCAAGAAUGCUAUUACAGAGGCAAUGAAUCUUCUUAAAAAUAAUAUUUUGUUACUUCGCAAGAGAACAUUUACUAUUGCAAAUACCAAAAUGAAACAAGAAGGUCUACUCAAUACUAGCCCUUAACUUCCUAUUCAGAAGGAUUAUAGUUGUAAAGCAUCUUUAUUAGUUUGGAAGUGUAAAUAUUUUGCUUGCGAGUGUUCGCUUGCUUUUGUGUAAUAAAGUACUUGACUUGUAUAAUUUAAGUGCUUUUUUACAAACAGGAGUAUAUUUUUUUUGUAGAUUUUUAUAUUAGGCCACUGUAAUCAUACGACCAGUCGCAAAACCAACUUAGAACAUAAAAACACUAGGGUAAACUGACAUGGUUGCCGACAACUAAAUAGUUGCGCAACCAAGUUGACACCAGGUUAGAUUACCUCCGUAUAACUGCCUACAUUUUGUUGUUUGCGCGACCAUAGUCGUAUGACUAUGGUGUCCUAACGGUUUUGAUUGUGCUUAUAAGCUUCUAAAACACACAAAGUGUUGAUUUAUCUUGUUAAACUAGUUGUCUAUUGCUACAAUGCUAAACUUAUAAACUCAAAUAACGAAUGUAUGUAAAGACUAAGCUUGUGAUUUCAAUUUAAACACUAUUCUCUUUGUGUUUAAGAUUAAAGUUGUAUGUGUUAACUAUGUCACUUACGUCUAAAGUGUCGAUUCUCUCAUAGUUAACUAAAUUGAAUAAACAACUUAUUUAGUGAUUUUUUAAAUGGAUGUAAGAUGACUUGAAUAAAACUGGAUCGCGGUCCACCAUGUCAUUGGUUGUGAGAAUAAUUUCGAUCAAUGGCGGGCGAGAAUGCGAUCGACGUCAUUUUCAAAGUUCGAAAUGAUAGCUAGCUCAACAUAUGUCAAUAAUAUCGAGAUCGGUUGGCUGAAAUACUUUUUAAAGUGACCAUUUAUUUUGUUGAUCAAUGGGAGAAUCGGCAUAAUCGCGCUUCGUCUAUCGAUGUUUAUAUUUAUUUUUGACUCAUUCUGAAAUGCAUUUUUAGUCUGUACUUCAGUAGAUUAUUCGCUAGUGAUAAAUAUAUUUGUAGAUUUUUAUAAUUAUCUAUGUACAUAAUGAAUGAGUGUAAGGAGUAUAGGUACGUUAUUUUGUAAUAUUUUAUCUGUGAUUUUAUUUGAAAUUAAUACCCGACUACUACGAAAAGAGGGUUAUUUUUUAUAUUUCAAGUACUUAGUAAAAUCACAGGAAAAAUCAUCGUUAAUCAGAACUAGGAAUCGAAUUAAAAACUGUGAAAAUGUUUUAUAGGUAACCAAUCAGAUUAUUUUUAUGAUUUUUUUAAUUGAUCUGCUCGAAAUCAAUUAUUUUUUCUUGCUACAUGUUCUCAGUUAUUUCACGAUUACAUUUUAAUUAAAAAUAAAUCUGUUUGCGUCUCCGCUGCAGGAAACCAGGGACAUAAAAUUAGCAUUGUGGAUGUCGUACAUAAAAGACAUAAAUAAGUGUAAAAUUACUAUAAAAAUUAAAGUCAAGAAUAUGCAGCAUACAUACGUAGAUUAUAAACUUAUUAUAUGUUGUAAGUAUAUGACUUAAGGUAAGCGUCCACAGGCCCGCAUCGUACGCAUCGCACGCAUCAUACGCAUUCCGUAUGACGUCAUCAGUACGCAUCGCAUGUCGGCAUUGCUGAUGAUGCGGUGCGUACGAUGCGGAUCAGUGGACGCAGUUGUAUGAGUUUCUAUACAAGACAUAUAAAUCCGUUGCGUGCGAUGCGUACGAUGCGUACGAUGCGGGUCUAUGGACGCGUACCUUUAUAUACCUAUUAUAAGUAUACCGAUAAAGUAAGUCGGCCUUAUUGUGGAAACUAGUUUAGUUUUAGUUGCUAUUUAAAUAAAAAAAGAAAAAAUGCAUAGUGCUAAGCUCACCACGUUCGAUAUUUAUUUUUAGUGAUAUUUUUAAAUAAGUAGUUAAUUUUUUUUUAAAACAUCCUAGUAUUUUUAACGAUUUUCUUCAAAUAGGUAGGUAUAUUUUAGUUCUUAAUUUGGAUUUGAAUAUAUAAAUGGUAACUUAUGUACAUUUCUAUUUUCUUAUUUAGGUUUAUUAAUGAAGAAGGAUUUAAAUAAAAAUCAAUGCAAAACUUAAUGUUGAUAGGUAAAAAACGGUUGAAGUAUCUUACUUCCUUUAUUUUAAAGUCGAAUAAAUAACUACUUCUCAUUAUAGCAACCAAUAUUAUGCAAAAAAUAUUUUUAUAUCAAAACUAUGUAGUUUAUCUGUGUGCCAAAUUUCCUGUAAAUGGGUCAACCAUUAUGAGGAACAAUCCGAUGCAAGUAUGCCAUGAACAGGAGUCGAGUGGUUGCGCAGUGGACGUUUUUGUACGCAUUGCGCAUACAACUUGCAGCUCACUUCAGAGAUCUUAAAUGAUUUGAUCUGGGAUGUAAAAUCUUUUUAUAGGAUCUUCAAGAUUAAGUUUCUAAGGAUUUUAGUUACUAAGUAUUAUUUUAGUAUUAAAUCUUAUUAGUUUUAUUCAUGGGUUCCGGUUAUGGUAAACGCAUGUGGUGAGCUUUCGCUAUUAGGCUUCAAAGUGCCUCUUAGUUUGUAAGUGCAAUAUAUAAAGUCUUCUAAAUGUGAUCAUUUAUAAAAUAUUUAUCAAUGUAUAAUCUAAAUACUACGUUUUGUAACGUUUUCGUACUCGAAAAUUGAAAUAAAACAAUACAAUUCUUACAGUA